AUGGAAAAGAUCCCAACGGCCCGGGACGAUACACAACACACUGCUGGAGCAGCCAAACGAGUCCUGUCGAAGGUUAUCACAGCAAGAUCAGCCGCAUCAAUCAAGGACCCCGGUCCACCACCCGACGGAGGACUUCUUGCCUGGACGCAGGUGUUAAUGGGUCACUUAGUGAUCUUCGGCACAUGGGGCUAUAUAAACUCGUUCGGAGCAUUUCAAUCCUACUACGCGCAGACCCUAGGUGUCCCUCCAUCCAGCAUAUCCUGGAUUGGCACCAUUCAGGUCUGGUUCCUCUUCUUCAUCGGCACCGUCUCCGGGCGUGCGACAGAUGCAGGCCUUUUCCGUCGCGUCUUCAUUCUAGGAGUCAUCUUGACUCUGCUGGGAAUCUUUAUGACAAGCCUUUCAAACACGUACUGGCAACUUUUUCUGGCCCAGGGCGUGUGUACAGGCAUCGGAAAUGGGCUCAUGUUUUGCCCUACAAUGUCAUUGGUGUCAACGUACUUCGACAAAAGGCGCGCGUUCGCAAUUGGCAUCACGGCUUCUGGAUCGGCUACAGGAGGCCUUAUCUACCCCACAAUGGUGAGGCAGUUGUUGCCCAAGAUCGGUUUCGGAUGGACGGUCCGAUCUCUUGGAUUCGUGACCAUGACAACAUGUGCCUUAACCAUUGCCUUCUUGAAAGUUCGGUUGCCACCUAGACAGUCAGGCCCUUUGCUGGAUUUGGCUGCCUUCAGGGAGCGAACCUACUCGUUAUUCUGCGUAGGCAUGUUUCUCAACUUUUGGGCUCUGUAUUUUGUCUUUUACUAUAUCAGCGCGUUUAGUCGGGACAUCAUUGGCCUGAGCUAUACAGAUUCGCUCAACUUGCUUCUUAUACUUAACGGCGUGGGUUACAUCACUCGCACCGUCCCUCCGUUCCUAAGCGACAAGUUCACCGGGCCUCUGAACAUGGCCAUUCCGUUUGCGUUCAGUACUGGGAUACUUCUUUUUGCUUGGUCUGGUGUGCACUCGCAAGAGGGCCUUUACCCGUUCGUUAUUAUCAUCGGGCUGUCAGCUGGAGGCGUCCAGGCCAUGUUUCCAGCAAUCUUGUCCAGUCUCACACCAGAUCCCAAGAAGACGGGCAUCAGGAUGGGUAUGGCUUUUAGCAUUGUGUCGUUUGCGUGCCUGACAGGCCCGCCGCUGGCUGGAGCGUUGAUAUCCGAGGACAAAGGCAGCUAUGUCCACGCACAGAUGUGGGGAGGCACCGUGUUAACAUGUGGCAGCCUGAUCCUUGUAGCGGCGAGAGUGGCCAAGACAGGAUUCUUGCUAAGAGUCAAGGUUUGA